AUGUGUUCAACAGCGGUAUAUAGGAUGGCAGCGCCAAAUAACGAGACGAAGGGCGAAAAAGUUUGUGUUCCACGAAAUUUCUAUCUUCUUGAUGAACUUGAGCAGGGACAAAAGGGGUCUCAGGAAGGUAGUAUCAGUUGGGGAUUAGAAAAUAUGGCUGAUGCAACACUUACCAAAUGGAACGGAAUGAUUCUCGGUCCUACUCGAACUCCUUUCGAAAAUCGUAUUUAUGAUUUGCGGAUCGAAUGUGGACCAAAGUAUCCAGAUAUCCCUCCAACAGUUAGGUUUGUCACUAAAAUACGUAUGCACGGAGUAAAUGAGAAUACUGGUGAAGUUGAUCCUCGAAUGUUCUCUACUCUGUCUAACUGGACUCGUGGAUACUGCAUACGUCAUGUGCUACUGGAUGUCCGCAAGAAAAUGUCUGCAUCUGAAAAUUCAAGACUUGCUCAGCCACCAGAAAAUUCCACUUUCUGA